UGUCCAUCUCUCUGUCUUUCCAUUCCUUCUGUUUGCAGGUAGACACAUUUCAAUGGGUGAGGCCCACUGAGCCAGUCAACCCUACACAGCUCCUCCACCCCUCACCCAGGCCCUCAUAUACGUCACCCCUCCUCCUUGUGUCAGCCAACAUGACUUCCACCAGCCCAUUGCUGGGUUUGGCGGAGGUGGGGCUGAGGUGUGACCAGGAGAUUGAGAGGAGAUAUGAGAUUGUGCCCUCGGUGGUCUGCUCCAUGUGUUGCCUCUUUGGAAUCAUCUAUUGCUUCUUUGGCUAUCGAUGCUUCAAGGCCGUAUUGUUUCUGACAGGCCUAAUGUUUGGCUCUGUGGUCAUCUUCAUGCUGUGCUACAAAGAGAGGGUGAUGGACACUCAGCUGAGCGUAGAGGCAUCAGUGGGCAUCGGCCUGGGCAUCGGGACCCUGUGUGGUCUGGUGACAAUGUUGGUCCGCAGUGUUGGACUGUUUAUGGUGGGCCUGCUGCUAGGCCUGCUGGUUGGGGUGGCUUCACUGGUGGUUAUGGAAGAGUUCUACCACCCCAAAACAGUGUGGGUUCCCCUGGGUAUCCUCCUCGGCUCUGGGACAUUAUUUGCCGUCCUCACUCUUCAAUGGCAGCGCUGCUUUGUCACCUUCUCCACAGCUACUUUUGGCUCUGCCAUCAUCACUGUCACCGUGGAUUACUUUAUAGAGCUAUUCGCCUUGGUACACUACAUCUACGAGAGACUACGGGUGGCACCAAAGAAGCCAGUGUGCUGGUUUACUUGGGUCAUAUUGGGAGUGUGGCCUGUCCUGGCCUUCCUCGGAGUACUGAUCCAAUGGAAAGUCACUGCGGAGGGAUUUUCUCACACAGAAGUGGUUUUGAGUCGACAGCAGCGGAGGGUCCAGCUCAUGCGGAUCCGACAGCGGGAAGAGAGGCUGAAAAAGGAGAAGGAGAACAAGAAGAAGAAGAAACGACAGAACCUGAAGACCAGCCACAAGCAGAAAGCCCGCACCCAUCACCAUCAGCAGUACCAUCACCCAGCAGCAUCCCACCCUCACCACCAAGCCCAGAGCUCUCAGCCUCCUAAAGUACCUCCUCCUCCUCAGACUGAACCUGGCUACCACCGCAAGGCCAACCCUAAGAGACGCUUUGAUGGAGAUGUGCUGUCACCAAGCUACAUCAGGAGUUUCAGGGACAGGCAAACAGACAGACGAGCAUACUCCCACAGUCGAAUAAUGAACCGCUCCCGCAUGGGCGAACUCGACUACGACUGCGGCUCUCAAGUGCCCCUCACGGCCCCCAGUGGACCCCCGGUUCGCAUCUGAGACAGCAACAGGCACAUGUGCACCUCCAGCCACUCAAACAAACAAGAAUAACCAA